CCAGACCGUCAGCUCUAAUGCUUAAUUCACAUACAAGACCAGAAACGUAUAUAUCUUUAGUAUUUACAUCUGCACUUAUAGAGGAGCAACUUAAGCAGAAUUGUCGUAUUAUUAGAGUUUGAGACAGUGAUUUUGAGGAAGUGCUCAGAGUUUCAGGCUUAUUUACUGAAGAAAUGAAGUUAGCGCUGAGGGUUUGUGUGUUUCUGCUAAUGGCGAGAGCUUCAGUGUGUGCUGAUGUUACAGUGACAGGAACAGAAGGAGGAGAAGUUGUUAUUAACUGUCCUUAUGCAAGAGGAAAGGAAGAGUUUGAAAAAUACAUCUACAAACAACCUUACAAAACUAAUAAUCGUAAACUGCAGGCUGAUGGAGAAAUGGCAAUGUCCAAUGGCAGAUUCACACUAAUGGAUGAUCCUAAAGCGAGAUUAUUUACCGUGACCAUCAGAGAUCUGCAGAUGAACGAUGCUGGAUUGUAUGGAUGUGCUCCUGUAUUUGAAGACACUAGAUUAGUCCAGCUAAAUGUGGUAAAAGCUCAAAAGAAACCAAAACAGAUCUCCACUUCCACCGUUAACUCAGUUGAUGAUCUUUCUGUUCAUCAAGGCUCUGGGAGAACAAGGAUUGUGAUCGUGGUGGCAUGUGGAGGAUUGUUCAUCAUCAGCAUACUACUCCUUAUAAUGCAAGUAAAAUAA